CAUUUGAGAACCACUGGGACAGCACGAGGAUCGCGGUAGUUUCAUCAUUUACCGUUUAAUUUUUUCGUAAAAUUAUAAAGCGGCUAUGGCAUCGAUCGUAAUACCGGUUGCAGUGAGAUUUACUCGUGUCACGAUCGAUAGUUUGCACAAUAUAAAUAAAAAUAUUUUACUUAGGUUAUCUCAGCCAUCGUACAUUUCUCGGCAACGACAAGAAUACAGUACAAUUACAGAAGAAAAGAAGUCGGAAAGUGGUGACGCGGAAUCUGCGGUUCCAGAGCUCACAGAAAAUGAAAAAAAAUUGAAGGCAGAUCUUGAACUGCUUAACAAAGAGUUAACAGAACUUAGAACCCACAACACUGAGUUGGAUGGCAAAUAUAAAAGGGCACUUGCCGAUGGCGAAAAUCUUAGAGUUAGAUUGAUGAAGCAAAUCGAAGAUGCAAAAUUGUUCGGUAUUCAAGGUUUCUGUAAAGAUCUCUUGGAAGUAGCAGAUAUUUUAGGCAAAGCUACAGAAAGUGUACCGAAAGAUGAACUCACAGAAAAAAACCCACACUUAAAGACUUUAUACGAGGGUUUAAGGAUGACAGAAGCACAGUUGCAUAAAGUAUUUAAAAAGCAUGGUUUAAUUUCAUUGAAUCCAUUAAAUGAGAAAUUUGAUCCCAAUCAACAUGAAGCAUUAUUUCAACAGGAAGUUGAAGGCAAAGAACCAGGGACAGUAGUAGUUGUAUCGAAACUGGGCUAUAAAUUACAUGAACGAGUAGUAAGACCUGCAUUAGUUGGUGUUGCUAAAGGAUAAUUUAUAUGGUUUUAUAUUCAGGGAUUUAAAGAAUCACAGAAUAAAGUCUCUGCUACAAUAUUACAAUUGAAAUUUAAAUGUAAAACGGAUACACAGUCUGAAUGAAAAAUUAAUAUUGGAAAUGAGCAAAGUACAUAAAUUUUAUGAGAAGUAAAUUUCUUCUCGACGAACGUUAGUUAUUAGUCCAUGUUAAAAAAAUGUAACAUAUAUUUGAACUUCGAUGUUUCUUUGAUCAUUGCAAAUAGACAUAUAUAUAU